AUGCGGGUUAUUCUAGCUUUGGCAGCUCUUAUCGCGACUUGCAGCGGGUCUUCGCUGGAGAUCUUGUCUGCUCCAACGAACGUCGUCUUCCCGUCCUCAGCUUCUACCCUCAGGAGCACUCAGCUCUCUCCUCUGAAUGCUUACCUUCUCGGCCUUUCCGCACGACCAGUCGAAGGUGAGAUUUCUAGAUUUCGCUUUCAGAAAAAGAUACAAGUUUUGUUGUGCUCCUUGAAAACCUAAUAAAUAUUGCAGGUUUCAACGUCCAAACCGAUUUGUUCAGUCGCCCGCGCGCUUUGGCCAUCGUUCGUGUCAACGGCGUCGAUGCCCUUACCAACCCCGCAAAGUCUUAUCAGAUCGAUGUGGUACUUGGUUAUUCCCCUUAUCAAAUGUAUGAAUCACCUUCAGGACGGCUUCGACAACGUCGGACUCGAGCAGGACCUCUCCUUGGUGUUCGGAGCCGACCGUCAAGUCGUCCAGCUGAAUGCUGGCGGAAUCACCGGAUCCGAGCUGGCUCAGAAAGCUCAGAGCGCUUCGGUUUGUCAUUGAAAUUGUUCUUCAUUUCAAGAAGAUAUUCAGGUUGACACUUCGGCCAUCAAGACGUCCCUGACCCAACUGAGAUCUGAACUGGAAGCUGUUCUCCAACUCGCUUCAGCCAUCAAGUCGCAGGGAGCCAAGCUUAGCAACUCUGCCGAUGUCUACAGGUUGGUAUUAGUUGAUAGUUUGAAGAUGAUCAAUUUUUGACAGAGUCACGAUUGGAGGACUUGCCACAGCGACUGGAAUCAGCAAGGAAGACCGUCAAGUUGCUCUCAAGGACAUUCAAAGUGCUGUGGAAAAGGUGGAAUUGGGAAAUUACUCUUAGGAUUUCAAGAAAAAUAAUUUGCAGUUGAACGAGGCUUUGGUCGAGGCCUACGGAGGUCAGGCUCUUGUGGAGGUUGUUGCCGUCUCAAGCUUCGUCGUGGAAACUGAAGGCCACCACAUCGUGAAGCGCGCUAUCGAGCCAGUCAGCGACUCCGACAAGCGACUGAAAACCUAUCGCGAACGCUACAUGGUCUACUCGGUCACUUAUGCCGAUUACCCUGCUAUCUUCGCUAUUUUCUUCGGUCUUGUCGUUAUCCUCGUCGUUGUGAGUUUUUUUCGAAUCAUGUUGUAACUUGACACAAUUUGCACUCAUCCUCUUCGAAUUGCAGGCUCUGGUCUACAUUGUCGUUGGAAUGAUGACGAUGGACCCCGGAAAGGAUUCGAUCAUCUACCGCAUGACGACCACCAGAAUGAAGAGAGAUUAA